AUGUCCAACUUUGUUUUUGAUUUGAAUAUGUCACCUGUCGAUGAACAACAGUAUAUUUUGUCACAAAAUAAUCGUCAAGAACAAAGAAAUGUCAUUGAAAUUUCAUCUGAUGAGGAAGAAACAGUUAACCAAGAAAAUGAAAAUCAUUUAGAACAAAGUGAAAACGAAGGUUCAACAGAAGACGAGCAACAUACCUCUGAACAAGAAAAUGAUACGAAUCUCAGUGACUUGAACAGUUAUUGGUCUAAACAUAUUGUCAACCCUCUUCCUUCGUCAAGAAAGUUUCAUAGGGAUAUUAUUCCUACAGAAGAAGCAUGCAAUGAGUAA